AAAAACGUUUGCGGCGCGUUUCUCUCUAACGGUUGCGGAAUAAAUUUUUGUUUUACUUACAGUUUACGAUAUUAAAAUGAUUCUUUUAUUUAUUAAUUAAAAUCAAUUAUUUGAGUAUGUAUUGAAUAUUAGGACGGUGUCAAUUAUUUUACGAUGGCUUUUAAUUUUUUAAGAUUGAACGAUGAUUGUCUUUUACAUAUUUUUCAAUAUCUUCCAAUCGUCGAUAAAAUAAAAAUUGAAAGAGUUUGUCAUCGUUGGCGUGAAUUGAGUCUCCAGUCAUGGUCAAAAUUUCGAAAAUUCAAUCUCGCACUAAGCACCUGGGGUUUUCCGGAAAACGAUAGAUUCACUUAUGUGGACGCUGAAAUUUUGAAACAAGUACUAAAUCGUUGCGGACGAUUUUUAAUUGAAAUUGAUAUUUGCAAACGAUUUAAUCAGGAUGGAACAAUUAGACGCAAGGACUCAAAUAGAGUUCACAUUAUUGGUGCAACACGAGAUAUUUUGAAAAUAAUCGCCAACAGUUGUACGGAAAUUGAAAUAAUUUUCAUAUCAGAUCCAUGUGUAAAUUUACCGGGUCUACGGGCAUUAAUGGAGAGUUGUCCGAAAAUUGUGAAAUUUUGCUUCGUCUCAAGAAAAUGGAUAUGGGACGAGGAUGAACUCAGUGAAAUAUUUGCCAAAAUGGUGAAUUUAAAAUAUUUCAAAUUCAGUUGCAAUAAUAUCACUGGCAAGUGUUUAGAAAAAUUGCCAAUAAAUUUAGAGGAACUUCAUCUAAUGCGAAUGAUUCACUCUUCAUCGACUGCAAUUUCAAAUGUAAUCAACAGACUUUGUAAACUAAAAGCACUGACAAUUGAUUCGUAUCCUACGAUAAAUGUGGAACUUUUGCGAGCAAUUGGCAGUCGUAAUGAAAAUUUACAAGCUUUGAGAUUAAGUGGCUACGUGGGUCUCGAUUACAUAAAAAAGGAGGAAGUUAAAGAAAUUGCUCGUUUCGAAAAUUUAAGGAUGCUCGAUUUUCAACACAAUAGCUACAUUACUGACAAUGCACUCAAAACACUCGCAUUUUACUGCCAAAAAAUUCAAUACAUCAAUAUAAGCAACUGUUUCGAAAUCACAGAAAAGGGAAUCGCUCAUUUGGCGACGAAACCGCGACUCGAAAAUUUAAUAGCAAACGGACUGACAAAAGUGACGGGUGAGAAUUUCGAGAAAAUGAUUCAUCUAAAAAUACUCGUCUGUCGAAAUUGUCAUCGUUUAAAGGAGGAGAAUUUGUGUAAUUUAGUGCGUACAUCGAUGAAUCUGGAGAAGCUCGACGCGUCCUGGAAUAAAUUUAAUGUCAAUAAUUUAAUUAAUAUUGCAAAUCAAGUCACAAUGAGUAGAAAAGCAAAAAUUAUUUUAAAACUAUUUGUUGGUCAUACAAAUUAUGAUGCAGAUCAAAUGUCAACAUCAUUAGCAACGAAUCCAUUUUUUCAAGUUAUCGAUUCAUCAGCCAAUGAUUGUAUAUGGGAAAUUUUUUGAUUCCCUAAAGAGACAGAGAGGGGAAUUUUUUCCUUUUAUUAUAUUAAAAGGAUAAAUAUCUAUUUAAUAUUAAAAGUAUAAAUUACUCGAGAAAAUUUAAAAAAAACUGUACAUAAAUGGAGAAGGAGAAAAAUUGUAAAUAAAAUUUCUCCGAAAGAAGAAUAUUUUCGGUACAACAUUUUAAAGCCGGAAAAUAUUUAUAAUAUUUGACUUUUAACAAAAACGAAGAUACCUUUUGGAAGGGAAUCGGUUAACAUCAAAAGAUUAAUUUACUAUUUGAUUAACUAUCGUAUUCGUAAAUAUACGAAUAAUUUAUUUUUAUCAAUUUCCUUAUUUUAUAAUAAUUAUAAAAUGAAUCUAAUUUAAUAAUCGUCUAUUUUAUAAUAUUUAUUUAUUUUUAAAUCAAGAACUCGCAGUUAUAAAAUUAUAAAAAUAAAUUUAAAAAAGGGAAGAAAAGAAAAACGGACAA